CCACAUUCACAAGAGUUUUUUUUUGUUUUCUUUUCUCUCUCUCUUAAUCAUUCUCUGCUCUUUUGUGCUCUCUCUCCCUUGUCCAAUCAUCACCUUUUUCUUCUUUUCUUUUAUGUUGCAGUCAGAGUAGUAACAAGGAACUGCUUAAUACGAUUCUUUUGUAUCGUGAAGAGCUAAAUUUGGACCAAAGGUUUAGUUGGUGUCAUUAUAACUGGAUUGAUGGUUUUAUCUAUUCUGUUGUUUUUUCUGACGGCAGAAAGGUGAUGUGAUGAAGCAGUCUUUAAAUAAUUCAACCCCUGUUCCUGCUAAGAAUUCUCUGGUGAAUAUGCCCAAGGAAGUAGGAAGUGGUGCAUUGGGGAUUUUAGCUGGAUCCAACACCUGUCCUGCUCAAAGUGAUACGAUCCUUUUCUCUAGCUCAUUGCCUGUUCUUCCACAUGAAAAGUUAAAUUUAAAUGAUACAGAAUGUGUUUGCCAAUUUGUCGAUGAUGCCACAUCUAGUUUGGAUAAACUUGGACAUGUGGAGGGUGGUGAUGUACUUGAAGAUGUUGAACCUCAUGCAAUUGGAAGUUUACUUCCUGAUGAUGAGAAUGAUCUUUUAGCCGGUAUAAUGGAAGAUUUUGACCUAACUAGACUGCCCAAUUCACUUGAGGACUUGGAAGAUUAUGAUCUUUUUGGCAGUGGAGGUGGCAUGGAACUUGAAAGUGAUCCACAAGAGAGCCUAAGCAUGGGCAUCUCAAAGGUAAGUUUGUCUGAUGGCAUCACUGGGAAUGGGAUGCCUCAUUACGGACUUCCAAAUGGUGCGAGUACUGUUGCUGGAGAGCACCCAUUAGGCGAGCAUCCUUCAAGAACAUUAUUUGUUCGAAAUAUUAAUAGUAAUGUCGAGGACAUAGAAUUGAGACAACUCUUUGAGCAAUUUGGCGACAUUAGAACUCUCUACACUGCUUGUAAACACAGGGGUUUUGUGAUGAUAUCAUAUUAUGAUAUUCGUGCGGCUCGAACUGCAUUGCGGGCAUUGCAAAACAAGCCACUGCGACGAAGGAAACUUGAUAUUCACUUCUCCAUUCCAAAGGAUAAUCCUUCAGACAAGGAUAUCAAUCAAGGAACUCUGGUAGUUUUUAAUCUGGAUCCAUCAGUUUCAAAUGAAGACCUACGACAGAUAUUUGGGGCUUAUGGCGAGGUCAAAGAGAUAAGGGAAACUCCACACAAGAGGCACCAUAAGUUCAUUGAAUUUUAUGAUGUCAGAUCUGCAGAAUCUGCACUUAAGUCAUUAAAUAGAAGUGAUAUAGCUGGUAAAAAAAUAAAACUUGAACCUAGCCGUCCUGGGGGAGCUAGGCGAAACUUGAUGUUGCAACUGAAUCAAGAGCUCGAGCAAGAUGAAUCUUGGAGUUUCCGGCAUCCAGUGGGUUCACCUGUGACCAACUCUUCACUAGGUAACUGGGCACAGUACAGUAGUCCCAUUGAGCACAGUCCGCUGCAAGGUAUCAGCAAAUCCCCAGUUUUCAGGACUUUGAGCCCAACAGCUGGCAACUAUUUACCUGGGUUGGCUUCAAUUCUUCACCCUCAAGGAUCAAACUCUGCAAAAGUAGUGCCAAUUGGCAAAGACCUAGGAAGGGGUAGCCUUGUGGAGCAUACAUAUACAAAUUUGAAUUCAGCUCAUGGAGGUGCAUUGCAACAGUCACAUUCAUUACCAGAGUCAAAGUUGAACAAAUAUCAUGGAAGUAUGUCGUCCUUUGGCCAUCCAUCAACUUCUAAUGGAUCUGCUAUGGAAACUUUGUCAGGGCCACAGUUUCUUUGGGGAAGCUCAAAUGCAUACCAAGAACACCCCACUUCUUCUGCCUGGCCAAAACAAUCAAUGGGCCAUCCACUUUCAUCCAAUGGGAAGAGCCAUGGUUUUUCAUACACAGGCCCUCAUGGUUCUUUCCUUGGUUCAUCCCAGAAUCAUCAUCAUGUUGGUUCUGCUCCAUCUGGAGUUCCUUUAGAGAGGCGCUUUGGAUUUCUCCCAGAGUCCCCAGAAACUACAUUCAUGAGUCCUGUUGCAUUUGGGGGCAUGGGUUUAGGCCAAAAUGGUGGAAGUUUCAUGAUGAAUUUGGGUGUCCGUGCUCCCAUGAAUGGCGUUGCCAUUCCAAGAAACAUCUCUGAAAAUGGUUCUUCAAGUUACAGAAUGAUGUCCUCUCCGAGGCUAAGUCCUGUAUUUUUAGGCAAUGCCCCAUACCCAGGAGUGGCACCCACCGCCAUAGAGGGUUUUACUGAUCGUGGGCGGAGUAGACGGGUUGAGAGUAAUGGAAAUCAAGCAGAUAGCAGGAAACAAUUUCAGCUAGACUUGGAUAAGAUUAUAAGUGGGGAAGAUACCCGGACUACCUUAAUGAUAAAAAAUAUCCCAAAUAAGUACACCUCAAAUAUGUUGCUAGCUGCCAUUGAUGAAAAUCACAAGGGCACUUAUGACUUUCUCUAUUUACCAAUUGAUUUUAAGAAUAAAUGCAACGUGGGUUAUGCCUUCAUCAAUAUGCUAUCUCCUUCUCACAUCAUUCCAUUUUACGAGGCAUUUAAUGGUAAGAAGUGGGAGAAGUUUAACAGCGAGAAAGUUGCUUCUUUGGCAUAUGCUCGAAUCCAGGGAAAGGCAGCCCUUGUGACCCACUUCCAGAAUUCAAGCUUAAUGAAUGAAGAUAAGCGCUGCCGCCCAAUACUCUUCCACUCAGAGGGUCAGGAAGAAGGUGAUCAGAUUUUCCGGGAACAUUUUCCUUCCAGCAGUUUGAACAUCCAGUUCCGUCAACCAGAUGGAUUAUUCUCGGGCGAUUUCCCAGGAAGCCCUGCAAAGGAUGGCACUGGAGAGAGGCCAGAGAAUAGCUAACAUUAUGUUUGAAGGAGAUUGCCCACAGCCUAAAUUGUGGUGGCUGCGGGUGCUAACCCCUGCGUAUAUAUUCAAGUGUAUAAAUCUAGGACGAGAUUGAUCAGGAAAGAAAAUGCUUUUGCAGAUUUUGUAUAGUAUUCAGUGGCAGCUCUGAAAGCAGCAAGAGCAUUUAUUUCUGUUUAUCAGUGUUGAGGGAGGAGAACAAUCAUGAAGUCUAUGGGCGGAAUUGAGGUCUCUUGCUGUUGAGUUCACAUAACACCACAGCUUGUGCAGGUUUUGUCAUCAGGUUUUUUGCUUUUUUAAUUUUAUGGGAUAUGAAUGUCAUAUAACAUCUGCAAAUAUGAUGUGAUGUGUAUUAGGGUAUAAAGAUAAUGUAUUUGGGGGGUUGUCAGAUUUUGAGGGUCGAAGGUGUAAAAUGGGGGUUUCUACAGAAUUGUAUAGGUGAUGAGAUAAAACUUCUUUUGGGUUAAUCUCAGAAUUUGUGCUUUAAAUAGAAGGUAAUCUAUAUCUGAAAUGUGCUAUACGGGAAAACUUGGCUUCUUUA